UUGUAUUCUACAGACUGUGUGAAAAUUGAGCACAGCAGCGGUGACUCAGUCGGGGGGACUCUGCUUAGGGGCUCCCGGUCCAAGGCAGAGCUUCAGGAACUCAUGGAGACGCUACAGAGGAGAAAGAGUGCUCUUGAAGCCAGCCUGAGGGCAGCAGAGUGUAGCCGUAAGUACCUCAGUGUGCCUUCAGCUGCUGGAACACAGCCGUCAAGGCCAUUGUCAAUCCUCAGCAAUACAGAGCGACCCCCAUCGGCCACUAGAAACUUUUCCUACAUUAACAGCAGCAGUGUGCCUCCGUCACCGCGUCCGGGUGAGCGCCUGUUUAGCUCUAAUGGCUUCCUUCGUCAUUCUCACUCUCGACACCAGUCACAAGACAGUCUUCUGCUCUCCAACACAGCAGAUGGAGGCUCUCUGCUCUCCUCCUAUGGUGAGCCGGUGCCUCGUUCUCCUAGGGUUAAAAGUGGAGCGGCCAGCGUACCCUCUAGUCCUCGUAUGGGCCGCAGGCUCUACUCCCAAGGCAGAGCUGUGGGAGACUCCAGGCAGAGGAAAUACUCCACCGGCUCCCUGAACAACUUGGGAAUGCACAGCCGCUCUUUGCCCCGGCUACAUAACGCAGCAGACCCCCCGGCUCUUUCCUUGCCAUCCCGUCACUUAGUAGGAUCCCACAGAGGGGUGGCCUCAGCCGGACAACGGCGCAGUCUGUCCUCCCUGGAGCAGCCUCCAGAUGUGACUGUACCAGCUAGCAUGCCCAGCACUCCUAGGAGAUCCAGUUUGGCUUCUCUGAGCUCUCUGGGUGUCGAUAUCGACGGGACUGGCUUAGAUCUGAGCUUUGGAGAGAGAAGAUUGUCCUUUGGCAAGGGUGGCUUGGGUCCCGGACAGAGAGUGGGCAGCAUCACUUCUUUGAAUGGCAAAGAAGAACUGAGAGACUACCAUCAACACCAGAGAGAUGAGCGACUCAGGGAACAGAAAGUGCAGAGACUGGUAUGCAUGCCUUGUGUGCAGGAAUGCCAGCGUCUAGAGACCAUCUUAAACCUGUGCACUGAGUUGGGACAGGUGGCAAGGGAGCCUGCGGGCUCAGCCGUUACUGACCUGCAAAAGAUCAAUAAGGAGUUGGAGAAGCUGCAGGUGUCAGACGAUGAGUCUGUGUUUUCUGACUCUCCCAGCAGCACUGCUCCGGAGCGUCAGCAGGGCAGCUGCAGAGACGCCAGGUCUCUCUCGCCUGCUGUUAGCCUGAACAGCAGCGCUCCCUCUCCCUCGACUCACAGAGCCAAAGUUUUGGAAAGUGUGCAGCUGAAGCAGGAAGUCACUCAUAUAGAAGAAGAAAGAAUUCAAGUUCUGAACAACAUAGAGGAGCUUGAGCAAAAGAUCAAAGACCUGGACAACCAGAUGGAGGAGUCUCUCCGAGAGGUAAUGGAGGUGGAGUGUGCUCUGUUGGAUGGAGAGCAGGAAUCUGAGAUGGCCCAGUUACAGAGGGAAAAGGAGCUGCUGGAUGAACUCAAGGGGAAGAUACACAGCACUGAGAAAACAACGGACGCAGAGAAAUCUCAGGAAACUGACGAGAUUUCAAAAAGUUUGGAAGAUUUGGAGUUUCAGAAGCUGGAAAGAGAAAUCAAGCAGGAUGAGGAAAAACAGAGUCAGAGCCAAGAGCUGCUGAAAGAGAUCGCAGAGUGUCAGCGUCUUACUUUCACACGCAAGGAGCGAAUCAUGACUCUGAAGAAACAGUCCUCGCAGAUCACGCUGCAGGCUCAGCAAGAAAGAGAGAAUUUUCAGCGAGAGAAAAACAAUUUGCUUGUCAUGCUUCAGAAGGAAAGAGAAAAACUGGUGUUGUUGGAGGGAAAGUACGCAGAGCUGUCUGAGCGGCAGACUCUCACCAGCAACCCUGCAGCUAUCAAAGAGCACUUGCAAACUCUGAAGGAAAGGAGGAGAAGCAACAAAGAAAAUUCUGCCCACACCAGUGAAAGCCUACCUCAAAAGAGGAGCCAGCAGCUCCUCAGUUCCUACGGCAGAUCUCUGGGACGCACACUUCCUCCCAAGGCUCACCUACCUUUAUCCCAAAGCUCCAGCUGUGGCAGUGUCAUCCCACAAGGCUUCAGCUUCUCCCCUCGUGAAGUGAACACCCGGCGGCUGCCCAAAACAGGCAACAGCCACGCACACAUCAAUGAAGACAGACAGAGGCAAAGUGAGUUUUGCAGCCGCAUGGUUUCAGAGCCCAACGUGUUCCUGGACUCCUUUUCUUACCCGGACCCGAACAGCCUGGCCUCGGACACCGUCAGCGUGGACAGUUCUGACAGCUUAGAGACCAGCUUCUCUGCCUGCUCCCCAGACAACAUCUCCAGUGCCAGCACCUCCAAUAUGGCGAAGAUUGAGGAGAUGGAGCGUUUACUCCGAGAGGCCCAGGCUGAGAAGCAGAGACUCCUUGAAUAUCGGGAGCGGGAGAUGGAGAUACGCCGGCAGGCUUUGGAGGAGGAGCGAAGAAGGAGAGAGGACCUGGAGAAGCGCUUGCAAGAGGAGACAUGCAGGAGACAGAAACUUGUAGAAAGAGAGGUGAAGCUCAGGGAAAAACAAAGAUCACAGUCCCGCCUGUUGACUCGCUACCUCCCAGUUAGGAAAGAUGACUUUGACCUCCACGGCCACAUUGAGUCGGCCGGACACAACCCAGACGCCUGCUUCCACCUGGCCAUCACCGACAAAACCUGUCGAGGAUUUCUGGUCAAAAUGGGAGGAAAGAUCAAGACAUGGAAGAAACGCUGGUUUGUCUUUGACCAGAAUCGCAGGACCCUCACGUACUACGCGGACAAACAUGAGACCAAGAUGAAAGGAGUCAUUUACUUCCAAGCCAUAGAGGAGGUGUACUAUGAUCAUUUAAAGAAUGCACACAAAAGCCCCAAUCCCUCGCUGACCUUCAGUGUGAAGACCCAUGACCGGGUGUACUACAUGGUGGCCCCGUCUCCCGAAGCCAUGCGCAUCUGGAUGGAUGUUAUUGUAACCGGUGCUGAAGGACACAUGAAUUUCAUGGUGUAA